AUGGCAACGCGAUCAAGCCGCCUCGCAGUCUGCCAGACCCGAUCAGCAAAAACGAUUUCCAAGUUGGCCUACCAUAACGGGGUGGUGAUAGUGAAGUGUCCCGGCUGCGGGAACCACCAUGUCAUAGCGGAUAACCUGGGGUGGUUUUCAGAUCUGGAAGGAAAGAGGAAUAUUGAGGAAAUCCUGGCAGCCAAAGGGGAGAAGGUGAGACGUGUGGCUGGCGAGGAAGCCUUGGAGCUGCUUCUGGAAAGCUCGGCAGAUACCGGGUCUCAAGGUCAGCCCACGGAGGGAGAAAGCGGGGAAGCCCCCCCAGAGACUGGCGGCAAGGGACAGACCUGAUGAAUGGGAUUUGUGUCGUUCCGCUGAUGGCAAGAGAGACUCUUAACCUUUAUUCCCUGAUUUCAGUGGGAAGUUUCUGUGUUUAAAAUAAACUCGGGCAUUGGUCUUUC